AUGGCUCAUGUUCCGACAGGACAGAUAUUGUUGUCCAUUUACAGUUGGGCUUCAAUGUUCAUGUACCUGUACCUGCUCAUCAAUCUCGUAAUAUGGAGACGUCAAAGGAGUUCUGGGAAGAGACAGUUCAAGGCAUCCUACUACUUACUUUUCAUGCUACAGGCCAUUGCUGACUUUUAUUUGUUCCUUUCUAUCGAGCUCAUCCAAAAACCGGCACGUUUCAACUAUUUCAAUCUCGAACUGGAUCAAAUGCACAAUUGGGCUGUUAUUUCGUAUGCUAACCUGGUGAUAGCCAGCUCGCUGAUCAACUGCGGUCACAUUCUUAUCGCUUUGAAUCGACUGACUGCAUUCUUUAGACCACAUAGCUACGAAAUGGUGAGCGCUUUUUCUUGA